CGUAGCUGGGAUAGAUUGGGUAUAUAAAUCUGCCUGAUGUCUCUUAAAGUCUAGAGUAUUUUCUUAACCAACAACAUCAGGACAGUCAUUCACAUCUUCUAUCAGUUCCGAGAUCCGAAAACAACUUACAUAUAUCGUCAACAUAUAUAUAUACAUUUACUACCCAACACCAUGUCUUCCAACACCAAUAAUCCCCAGCCCCAGGAAACCAAUUCCACCUACCUAGGACAGGCGUCGAACGUUGUCAAGAAUGCCGUGAACAAAGUAACAGGAAGCAACCCCACCGAUGACAAAGAGACCAAGAACGAAACCCAAUCCCAACCAAGCGGCCAAUAUAACCAAACCGUCGGCUCCGCCAAACAAUCCGUCGGCGCCGCACUCGGCAACGAAAACCUCCGCAAAGCCGGCGAGCGCCAGAACAAAGAGGGCGAGGAGCAGGAGGCACGCAGACAGGCGGCAAAAUGGGGUGAAGGCGCCGGAGACCGUGUAACGGGCAAAGUCGGCGAGUUCCUCUCCGGUCCUGGGUUCGGCGGCAGUGACCAGGAGAGAGCGCAGGCUGAGGCUGAGAGGAGGAAGUUUAAGCAGAUGCAUGCGGAGGGGAAGUCGCAGCAGAAGGAAACGGAGCGGGAGAUGGAGAAUCGGUGGGCGGAUAAGGGGGAGCAGACGGGGUAGAAGUAGAGGUGUUUUCGGGUUUUUCUUUUUUUUGGUGAAAUACGGUGGAUUUAGUAGGGAUCUUGUUUUCUUGUUUCUUUUUCUCAUGGCUUUUUUUUUCCGACCUGGGCCAUGUCAUGAUAUCCGGCUGGGGUUAUCAGUAGUUUUAAGUUGUUGUAGAUGAAUUCUUUCCAAAUUUGCCAGAAUGAUAUACGUUGAACGUUAUGGUUUCCCCGUUAUGUGAAUACGCCGCCGCUAUAAAAAGAAAGGUGCGUGGUCGGAACAGAUUCGAAGAAAAGCCUUUGGAAUAGUUAUUGCAAACAUUCAUGUAUAUAACACAUGCCAAACAUCAAGACCUAGAUGGUAGGUUAUAAAAGCAGGAAUAAAAUACUUAACUAGACUCUAUCAUCGACAUUCU